GUAUUUAAAAAAAAAAAACGCGAGGAAAAGGCUGCUGCGCGUUUAAAACCCGAUCGCGAUCCCAUUAUUUUUUUUACAACGCGCGCCGUUUACGACUGAAAAUUUAGACAGAAAAGAUCGGUGGAAUAUCACACAAAUUGGUAUUUGCCGUCUGACCAACGAGUUUAAUGAAACUGUGAUAUACAUAUAUGAAUAACUGACAACAAACGCUAUUUGUGGUGUGUUUAUUUAUGCGAUUUGGAUUCCGAUUCGACGAUUUUCCAUUGACGCCCCGAUUUUGUUUGUUUGUUUGCCAACUUACGUGAGCCAAAACGGCGGUGAAAUCUUGCAUUUUCCAUUUGUUUACGCUGGCUGCUGACAAAAAGGAAAAGUGAAAAGAAAAGCGACGAAAAGUGUUACUCGACGAGGCGAAACGGAAGGCGUGAAAAGCGAGAAAAGCAAAAAAAAAAAAACGAAUAAGCUAUGUGUACAUAGCGCAUAAAUUGCAGAUUGAGGCCAAGACGACAAGAGGAGAACCUGUGAAACUAGAGAUCUUUUGCUAGGCAGCAGCGUACAAAAACAAACAAAAACGCAGCACGAUGGAUCGUGGCCUACUCACAGGCGUUCUUCUGCUGCUGGCGGUGUCCCUGAAUUUGGCCAGCGAUGAGUCCCAGCCACGCCCCUCGCCGCCGCCCACCGUGAAGCUGAACAAGUGCUGCCAUUCGGGGGAGUACCUAAAUGGCACCAGUGGCGCCUGCAUUGCCGGCAGCGAGGCCCUGUGGCUGCCGAUGGUGUAUCUGGUGCAGCAGCAGCGUUUCUUCGAGCCCCACGGCGCCAGUCCACGCUUCCUCAAGUUCCUGCCCAAGAGCCGACCCACCUGCCGGCCGGACCAGACGCAGGAGCUGUUCCGAAGUCGCGGCGCCAACGUGAUGCUCUUUCCCAACGGCACGCUUUAUGUGCGGGAGCGCGGUCUGAUGGUCCGGCCGCACGACUACUGCGUCGACUGGGAGGUGGCUCUGGUGUGCCUCAACCACACGGCCGACGCUCUGGAGGAUCUGGGCGGACACCAGCCCACGGCCCUGCUGAAGGAGCAGCCCACGCUGCGCCUGCGCAAGUGCUGCGGCAAGUGGGGCAGCUACAACACCCAGCUGCAGAACUGUGACCUGCAGCCCAGUCACCCGGUGGACGGGUUGCUCCGUCUGGCACCGCAGCUACCGGAGGGCAGUUACCUGACCAGCUACGGCCUGCCCGAAUGCCGGCCUCUCGAGGGGGGCUACUCCAUAGCCGGGGAUUGGCAGGAGGCCAGGCUGGACCGGCAGACGGCCGGUCUGCAGCUGCCGCACAAGAAUCUUAGCGCCGAACAAUACUGCCUGGAGCACACACAGCGCCUGGGCGAGGUGAAGAUCAUAGCCUGUCAGCAUUUGUUCAGCGCCGAGGCAGGAUUGGGCAGCCAGGCGGGAUCACCCGGACGGGCUGCUCCACACGAGAUCAAUGGCCAGAACCUGCAGAAGGCCGUGCUCACGGGCGGAAUACUUGUGUCCAUUUUCUUUUUGGCCGCCACUCUGGUGGCCGGCUUUCUGCUGCCCGCCGUGCAUCAUGCCUUGCACUGGCGCUGCCAAAUCUGCUAUGUCUCCUGCCUGCUGCUCGGCAAAGUGCUGCUGGCCAUCGAGGAGCUGAGCUCUAGCCUGCAGCCGGGAAGUGUGAGCUGCCUGCUGCUGGCCAUCGCCAUGCAGUUCUUCUUUCUGGCCGCCUUCUUCUGGCUAAACACCAUGUGCUUCAAUAUCUGGUGGACAUUCCGCGACUUUCGACCCAGUUCGCUGGAGCGCAACCAGGAGGCACUGCGACUGUUCCUCUACUCGCUGUACGCCUGGGGCGGUCCGCUGCUGAUCACCUUUGUGGCCGCCUGUGUGGACCAGCUGCCGGAGACGACGCUGCUGCGGCCGGGAUUCGGACAACUGUACUGCUGGUACGACAACCGCAAUCUCUCCAUUUUCGCCUACUUCUACGGACCCAUCGGACUGCUGCUGUGCGCCAAUAUAGCGCUCUUCGUGUCCACCACCCACCAGCUGACCUGCGGCCUGUGGAAGCGGGACGAUGUCAAGUCCUCCACGGAGAAGUCCGCUCUGGGCCGCGUCUGUCUGAAGCUGGUGGUCGUGAUGGGCGUCACCUGGAUAGCGGAUAUACUGUCCUGGCUGGUGGGCGGACCGCAUGGCGCCUGGUUCUUCACCGACCUCAUCAACGCCCUGCAGGGCGUGUUCAUCUUCAUUGUGGUGGGCUGCCAGCCGCAGGUGUGGACCGCCUGUCGCCGGAUCUUCUGCCCGCGCUUGCGCCACGACAUCACCAACACCACGAAUGGAGUGCAGCACUCGAGCAGUUCGCAGGGAUUGCCCUCGCUGGCCAACGGCACGGAGAUCACCCAGAACACCGCCACCAUGCCAGCCUGCAAUGCGGCCACGGACAGCGGACGGCCGGAGGAUUUGCCGGAGAAGCCACCAAUGCCCCCCACUCCGGCCGUUAAAAUGGAAACCGUUUGCUAAACACAACUGAGACGAGCGACAAUGCGAAAGUCAGGCCCGGAUACAAAAGUCCAGACCCCGAACGAGCGUAAUAAUGGCAAUGGGCAGCUCAGCAGAGGAAAAAAAAAUGUAUAAAAAAAAAAGCAGCAAAAGCUGGAGUUUCGAGACGAGGCACACACUUGCGCAAUUGCAGCAACAAAAGCGAGCUGACCAGACCAGCUAAUUGUGUGAGUGAGUGUGUUGUGUGUGUGUGUAAGCGUCUUGCGCGUGAUUUUGAAAUCGGCCAACAACCGCUGUGGAACAAAAAGUACUCCGUACGCCCGUUUGCCCGUUUGCCAGCUUACCAGCUUGCUAGUAUUCAACUUCAAUUUGAGCCAGCACAAAAGGAACGUAUUAUUUUAUUUUUAUUCAUCAUCAACGCAAAGCAACGCGCAAAAGCAGUAAAAAGAAGUAGUAAGAGCAGAAUAACGGUAGAGCAGUUCGGGUCACAUUAACACGUUCUAAUUGGACACUCUGGUCAGUGUUGCGAAAUGCUUGCUGCUGGCAAUGGAAUGUGCAGCCAAACAGGAAUUCACAAUAGACAAAACAAAGCAGAGCUAUUGUUGCUCUUUCACUUACAAGCAUCGACACUGUGCAUGUGCAUGUGUAUGUGUGUGGCAACCACAAGGAAUUUGCUGUUGAGGCACUUUUGUUGUUUAGUUAAGAUCGCUGCUCUGCUUUUUCCGACUCAAAUCUCAAGUGUGAGAAAAACAGCAGCCACCGCACACAAACACAUAUGUAAAUAGAUGUUAAACAUUUAAAUUAGCUGAUUCUGAUUGGUAAACUUCGACUUCCAUUGACUCGAUACACACUGCUUGCAUUGCAUCCAGUUUGUCUGUGCUUUUGACAUUUCCAUUUCCCAAUAUAAUUUUUGUUUUUUUGACUGGAAUACAAUACUGAAAGAACAGUGCUGACUGGAACUAUUUUUAUGUUUGCCGCAUAAUCGUUUUUCAUCGAAACAUUUCUGUGUGUUUUCUUAUGUCUAAAGUAAACAAACGAAAUUUAUUUACUUCAAGGCAUAAACAGAAACGUUACACCCAGACACACACACACACACACAAUGACAAUCAAACAAUCAAAUUGAUCAUCGAAAGUUCAACAAUAUUUAUCGAUCAAGGUUAAAUGGUGGAAAAGAAAGCGCGCUUAAUUAAACAACGGCAAAGCAGUACACAGACACACUCACUUCACUGAAACUUAAAGGGCAAGCAGUUCCGUUGUCCUUGAUCCUGCUUGUGGCGCCAAAUUCAAAUGUAUUCCCAUCCCCCACGUAUUUUAGGUAUUGAAAACGCAGAAACUACAAUGCAGUACAAUUAUUAUUUCUUAUUAUUUUAUAUUUUUAUUUAAAUAAUUAACCUUUUUUUUUUUCUUUUGUAAUUAACUAAUCUUAAUUUAUUGCUCAAGUUACGCUUGCACGUUUAACGUGCGUGUAACUAUUGUAUUAUGUAGUAGAACUUCCAAAGUGUUCAGGCCAAAAGUAAUUCUCCCCGUACUAAAGAGCGGUCGAGUGUUUUUUUAUAUGUUUAAUUGUAUAUAAUUAUAAUCGACGUGGAAAUAUUAUGCUUUCUUUUGCAUGUAGUUUGUACUUUUUGAGCGAAGCAACGAAUCGAAUACGAAAUUAUCGAAUGACUGAGACAAAGGCAGCGAAUACUUUUUUUUUUUUUCAUCAGAAAAUGAAAUAUCUGAAGUCCUGGGCACUAUGUUGAUUUGAAUAUCCUGCCAUAAUAUCAGGAACAAGAUUUUAAAACCCGACAUUCAUACAAAAAAGAAAAAUCUUUUAUUUUUUUUAGCAAUAAUCGGGAAUAAUACAUCUGAGAAAUGGACAACAUAGUGCCGUCCGAGGGUUCAAAUUUUCAUUUUUAACUUUAAACCAACAUAGAUUGUAAUUUUGAUACUAAUUAUUGACUAUUGUAUAUAAAGAUAUUUUGUACACCCCAUUUGCUAAGCGAUUUAUAUAUAAAUAAUAUUUACAUUUUGACUGACAAAUUGUCCAACCUUGCUCGAAUCCAUGUAACCCCACAACGAAUAGCCAAUAAGUUUUAGCCCAUAUAUCGAUGCUAAGUCCCUGUGUUUAUACAAACAGUUGUUAACUAAACCUGUAACUAAAACUAAAUCGAAAGCGAUUGAAGAAGAAGUCUGCAAAACCCACUUAGUCAGUUGCUCCUCGCCCUCAAAAGCGAAUUUCGAACGAUUUCCCCCGAGAUCAAGAGUAUUUUAACGAUAAUUUUCAUAUAAUGUAUGGCAGGCAUUCAUGAGGAAUAUAUCAAUAAUUCGCUUUUGGAGGCGUGUGUGCCUCUCCACCGCCGCCUCCUCGCUAUUAAUUUAUGGCGCAGAGCGGGAACAUUUUAUAGAUAAACAUGCGGAACAAAAAUUGUCUGAAAAAGGCAAUUAAAUGAAACCGAAACUGAAACUUGGCAUAAAUGUGCAGCUAUAUAGAAUAGAUAUACACAGAUACAGUCCCCAAUAUUCAUACAAUACACCCGCACAAUACUGUACACUACACAAAUAACGAUGAUGAUGAUGAUGGCAAUUGUUGCCAUUGACCAAGCAACCACUAAACUAUUUAUACAUAUUUACCGUACAACAAUAAAGCUUUUUGGCAAAAAUAUCAAUGAAACUAAACAAACAAAGAACCAGAAAAA